CCCGUCUGCUGUGUGUGUGAGUUCGGUGACAUCAACAAGACACGCAGAUCCGUGUUCUCUGGGGGGGUUUACAUUAACUCAGACAUAAUCAAGGCUCUAGGGACAUCGCACAGCUCUUUAGACAGCAGAGGGGAAGAGGGAUCUGGUGGUGUAUAUUUCCAGCAGUUUUCCAGCAGGAGUUACUGAAGGAUCUAUCACAGACUAUCAGCAGGGUUCAUGAAACUUUGCUACGAUUUGCGAGCUGGGGCUGCCAUACACAAUGUUAAGGUAAAGCCUAAAGCAGCUGUGUUGAACAUGCUAAAGCGGCUGGACAAAAUAAGAUUCCGUGGUCCAAAGCGAGAUGACUUCCUGGAUUUACCCGAGUCCCCCACGGGGUCGGACACUGAAUGUAGUGAUGACAUGCUGCUGAGACCUCGACCUUCAAUACGAGACAAUGACGAGCAAAGAGACCCUGCUGGUUUGGGGACUUUGUCUGUCAUGCAAGACCUGAGGAGUGAAUCGGAACGUCUCAAUGAGGUCAAGGGCCAUUUGGAAAUUGCCUUACUGGAGAAACACUUCCUACAGGAGGAACUACGGAAGCUACGAGAAGAAACCAAUGUGGAGACCCUAAAGCAGGAGCUGGAGAGAGAACGCAGCAGAAGACUUGACCUGGAACAGAAGAUGAGUGAUGUGCUGAAGACCAGGUGUGAAGAUUCUCCACCUCAGCCUCCACGGAAACAGCAGCCACCUGCAGCUAACGGCACAGACAAACAGCAGAAGGAGACGGUGUGUUCGCGGCUGCAGAGCUGGCUCUAUGAUCGGUUUGGGGUUUAUAUAGAGGAUUUUCGCUUCCAGCCCGAGGAGAACACGGUUGAGGCUGAGGAGCCACUAAGUGCUAAAAGAUUAACAGAAAAUAUGCGACGACUUAAACGGGGUGCCAGACCGGUGACAAAUUUCUUACGGAAUCUUUCCGCCUUAUCCAACUGGCACUCAGUAUAUACAUCAGCGAUUGCCUUCAUUAUUUAUAUGAAUGCAGCAUGGCAUGGCUGGGCUAUACCUUUGUUUCUAUUCUUAGCCAUUCUGAGGUUGUCAUUGAACUACCUCAUAGCCAGAGGAUGGAGAAUUCAGUGGAGUAUUGUGCCUGAAGUUUCUGAACCUGUGGAACCUCCAAAGGAAGAUCUAACUGUGUCUGAAAAGUUUCAGUUAGUUCUUGAUGUUGCACAAAAAGCACAGAAUCUUUUUGGUAAGAUGGCAGACGUGUUGGAGAAAAUCAAAAAUUUGUUCAUGUGGGUCCAGCCUGAGAUCACUCAGAAAUUGUACAUCGCUCUGUGGGUGGCCUUCAUCUCCUCCUGCGUCCUGCCCUACAAGCUGAUGGGCUUCAUGAUCGGGCUUUACGCGGGCAUCAAGUUCUUUAUUAUAGACUUCCUGUUUAAGAGCUGCCCAAAACUCCGAGACAAAUACGACACUCCGUACAUCAUGUGGAACAGCCUGCCCACCGACCCUCAGCUGAAAGAACGCAGCAAUGCCACUGUGUCACGACGGCUGUCUGGGUGUGAGAAGAUCCAGCCGGUUGUAUCACGAAGUACUUUAGCCACCAUCCCGGCCGGAGUGACCCGAGAAGAAGAGAGUGGCCGUGCACACAGCACAAAGAAAGGAGCAUUCCAUGAGAUCUUCAACCUACCUGAGGUUGAGAGACCUCUGCCCGUAUGUGAGAAUGGAUGGAGAUGCUGUCUGAUAAACAGAGACAGGAAGAUGCCGACUGACUACAUUCGCAAUGGGAUGCUCUAUGUCACUGAGAACUACCUGUGUUUUGAGAGCUCCAGUUCAAGAUCAGGGUCUUCAAAGAAGAACAAAGUCAUCAAACUGGUGGACAUCACAGAUAUCCAGAAGUACAAAGUUUUAUCAGUUCUGCCUGGGUCUGGAAUGGGCAUUUCUGUUGCCACCCCGUCAACACAGAAGCCACUUGUCUUUGGUGCCAUGAUACACAGAGACGAGGCCUUUGAGACGAUCUUUACCCAGUACAUGAAGAUCAUGACCACAGCCAACCCUGAGACGUAACUCACCCUUUAUCCUUCUGGAGGAUUUCUCAUUUGGAAAAAGAUGAGACCAGUGUUUCCUGUCUGGUUUACUGGUUAACAUCUCAAAGACUUUUCCAACCUGAGGGAUGCAGACGGCUUCUCGUCAUGCGACUGUGACCUUUUUGGCUUUUUAAAGAUGAGCACACUGAUCAGUGUACAGACUUGUGUUUUCUACUCGUCUCUCAGUGAUUCAGAUUUCAUGUCUGGUUUUAUCCUGGAAGAGGUUUGUAAAAUGAAGCCGAUCACACAGGAUGGUCUUUAACACUUUAAACACUGCAAGAAAAAUCGGUAUUAAUAAGUAUUUUUGCUCAAAAGAAAAUUGACCACAAUUUGUUCAUUUGUUAGGUAAAACAAAUGAAAAUCUUAAUUUAAGAUAUAUUUAUCUGAAACAAAGUAUUUUGCUUUUCAAUUCCAUUUAGCUUUAAACAAAAUUUUGAUAUUUUAUACUGGAAAACAAGACAAAAAUACUGAUUAAUAUAAAAUGCAAUUUUGCAGUAAUUGCAUUAUAAGGUGUGUUCACACCUAUAGUGUUUUGCAGAAACAAAUUGAAAGGAAAUGUAUUAAUUUUUAAUCAGAGUUUGAGCAAUUUUAGGCACUUGUGCACUAUAUUCGAUCUUGACCUUCGCAGCUCUCAAAUUUAAUUUAUGCUAGUGGUCAGCUGGAAAAAAAAAUACUGUUUUUUAUUCAGGUCAGUUAUAAAGUUAAACUUUGUGCAAACUUUCAUUGAAAAUGAAUGUAAAUGAACUUUGUCACUGCAAAUCACUAUCAGUGCAAAUGACCUUUAAAACUGAUAAACAAAGCCUUGUUUUUCUUUUCUUUUUUAACAUUUGUUUACAUUGUCGCUGUGUGCACAAAUCGUACACACAAACUCACUUAAAUCUCACCUCCCAGCAAAGUGUGCUUCAUGUGUUUUUAGCAGAAUAUCUUCCCAAAUUUUACUUUGGGAAAGUGUAGUUUCGAACGGUUUAAAAUGCCUUUCUUUUAUUUUUGUAAUGUCAUAGCAGUCAGCAGAAUCAUUGCUCAUCUAUUGAUUCACUUACAUUUGAAAACACUAGAUAUGAAGGGUGUCAAACUCAGAAACUAACAUUUGGUUGCACUUUAUUUUGCAGUAGUAUACUUGCAGUGUACUGUGUACUUAAACAAGAAAGUUCUGAAUAAUAUAAGGUAACUACUUGGGGUUAAUAUGAGUUCAGUUAAGGUUUAGGGUUAGUACCUACAGUAGUUAAUUAUAAUAAGUGCAUAGUACAUACAUGGUGAACAGGACUGUAAAGUAAAGUGCAACUGAAGAUUUUUACCAAGUAUUUCAUGUAUGUCCGUCUUAUUGAUAAACACUAGUUACUUGUAAAUGUUUUGUCACUUUAAACUGUUACUAAAUGAAGUAAAAUUCAGUACAGAACAUCUUCUAUUCACAUAACACAUUCACAAAGCGACUCUAAACUCAUCUUGAUGACAAUCUUUAGGCUCUUUUGAAAAAUCUUUAGGUGAAUCUCAUCGAGAAAUAUCCAAAUCAUAUUUUACCCCAAAAUCAAAAGAAUGCUAAGUAACGAC